AACCAAAUGGUUCUUCCCACAAACAACUCCUCCUCGUUCACUUCUGAUCCUCCGUCAUCCUAGUCGUUAAUGCACAGCUCCAUCUCAACCGCUCCUACCUCCGCGCCAUCUCCGUCAUUGGCCGAGACUUGGGAAUCAAUGCUCAACAACGCAACACCUCCGUCUCCCCCUGCAACUUCCAUGGCCUCUUCUGCGAGCGUUGCAUCUCUCCUGCCGCCGACGACCACUCCUACGAGCUUUGAAUCACCAGGCUGGUCUUCAAAUCCCAGUCACUCCCCGACAAUCGACCGGCUGACGGAGCUCAAAGAGCUCUCCCUCCCCGACAACCGCCUCGUUGACAAAAUCCGAACAAGCUCGAGAUGCUCAACCUCGCCAACAACCGAUUCGCGGGCAAAGUUCAGGUCCCCCGGCGUUCCGUUCCUCCUCCGACUACGUGUUCUGAAUCUCGCCUCCAACAAAUUGUCUGGGGAUCUGAAUUUCUUGAAGCAUUUCCCCAAUCUUGAAACGCUCUCCCUCUCCAACAAUUUCUCGUCGGCCAGGUCCCCAAAUCGAUUCGCUCCUUCCGCAACCUCCAAUUCCUCGACCACUCUCCGGGAAUAUGUUCAUCAAUGUGGCGGGUCGGGUUUGGUAAUAUGGAGGGUUAAAAUUGGAUUAGUUCACACUUCUGUUAGCCAUGUCAGCAAUUGAUUGAUGGUGUUAAAGAAAAUUGACGGAGACUA